AUGGCACCAACCCGUAAAUCAAACAAAACAAAAGAAUGCAAAUGUUCUGUUUGCAAGACAAGAUGUGGAGGAUCAGAUACAGUGUCUGUACAGACAUUUAAUUUUCAUAAAAGAAGAGACGAUGCUGGAAUGAACAUCUUUCGUAAUAGAGUGAUUAUUAAGAGAUCAGUCGAAACUACUGUAAGCUAUGUUCCUGAAGUUAUCAACAAUGAUGAACAGAACUCGGUGGCCAUAGACAAUAAUUAUGAUAUGGAUUAUGACUUUGAUGAAAUGGACACCAGUAUAGAAGUAGACAUGGAGACACAAGAGCCUAUUCGAGUCUUACCUCUCUCAGAAUCCGAUGCUGUCUUUGGUUAUGAGAAUGAAGAGUUUAACUCUGAUCUUGAUUCUGGCGGUUGCAAAGACAAUUCCAGUGAGAAUGACAUGCUUGAUAGUGAAGACAACUUUCCUGAAUUCAACUCAGAAUUGAGUUUCAUCUAUCGUUUUAUUGUACAGGUCCUUGCACUCUUUGUAUCCUUGUAUGUCGUCAAUGAAGGUGCCAUUCGUCUUAUUGCCAUCAUGAACAAAAUACUGAAGCUUUUCAGAGAUCCAUUCCAUCUCCCAGUUAGCAUCCCUGGUCUCAAAAGCAUGGCAGGAUUCAAUACCUUUACAGAUGGUAUAAAGAAAUAUGUUUCUUGUAGCGAAUGUCACAGCAUAUAUGAGAACAAUGAAUCAACACCCCACUUCUGUAUCUUUGAUAAAUUUGGGAAUAACUCAAUGUGCGUUGAAAAUGGUGUUCGCUGGUCCGAACUGCAUCGUCUCCAGUACUUUGACAUUGUCCGCUGCACGAUCAUUGAUCCAAUGCACAAUCUCUUCUUAGGCACAGCCAAGAGGAUGAUAGAGAAAUGGGUUGCAGAUGGUCUAAUUGACAAUAAAAAACUCGUUGCCAUGCAGAAAAUCGUUGAAAACAUGACAUUGCCGCCUGAUUACACCAUGCUAAGAUCAAAGAUUUCAAAGGGAUUUCCCUUUAUGAAGGCAGACGAGUGGAAAUCGUGGUGUCUGGUAUACUCUCCAGUGGCUCUACAAGGUGUAUUACCAAAGCAAAAGUUUGAGAAUUGGAUGUUUUUUGUGAAUGCCUGCCGUUUCCUUACCAAGCCAAAUGUUUCCGAAGAUGAUGUACAGUCAGCACACAUAGCACUUGAGAAGUUCGGUAAAGGUUGUGAAAGGCUGUAUAGCAAGGAUCUGUUAUCUCCAAACAUGCAUCUCCAUCUUCAUCUUCGCGACACAAUCAAGGACUUUGGGCCUGUUUAUGGGUACUGGCUCUUUAGUUUCGAGCGAUACAACAGCGUCCUAAAGAAUAUCAAUACCAACAGAAGGAGCGGCUUUGAAAUGACAUACAUGAAAACAUUCAUUGAAGAUACCCGUAAAGGCGAUUUUGUUCACAAUUUCUUGAAGACAUCUGGUCCAUUCAAUUUCUCCGGCAUCUUCGAUAAAUUGGUAACUGGUUAUAGACCUGCUGAUUCUACAACUAGCACCGCCUUGUACAAUUGGUUCUCUCUACCAGACUUUCUUGAUGCUGCUGAAAAUCCGAACUUGUCAAUUCGUGGUAACGAGCCUUUGCCGCCAUCAGCGCUGCCCUUGCAAAAAAAAGCAUAUGAGAUGAUGCCAAGACAGGAGUAUGAUUGUUUGGUAGGAUAUUACCAAGCUGUUUACAACAAUCCCACUAUCUCCAGUUGCAAAGACGUGAUUCAAGAUACAGCUUUCGUCAAUGACUGGAUCGAAAUGCUCAAAUCCGUCAACCUCCUUGGCCAGACAUUCAAGGGAAGUAGAGGUACGAAUGGAAGAGGAUCAUAUAUACAAGCAAUGUUCAUAGAAGGUCGAAACGGAGCAAAGUAUGCGUAUGUCGGAGAGAUUCAAUACCUAUUUGUUCAUUCAUUUAGUCCACUUGUUUCUACUCCACAUCACAGAACACCCCAAAGUAGCCAACAUACAUUUGCUUAUGUAAAAUGGUACAAGGCUUCCAGGGAGACAAGUAGAAAAAUUGCAGGCGUAGAAAUAUGGGAUGUUGCGUUUUCUUUGCCUGACUUUCAAAGCAUCUUGCCAGUGCACCGAAUUCUCCUUCCUGUUGCAAUUGUUGACCAUACAACAUUACGAAAUAUCAGCAAAAAACUUAUUGUUCCUUUGCCUAGAAAACUUUACUUUUAA